CCAUUAAAAUGCAUUAUAGUUUGUGGUCAUAACGUCAUAACAUGUGAAAAGGUUCAAUGUGCAAGAAAACGUUUGUAAAUGUCUAUACUAAUAUGGAUUAUGGCCACUAAAGGUAUGUCUGUCAUUGGCUUCUCAGGCCGUCUGCUAUUUAGAUGAGUAUAAUGAGAUGCUGGACUUCAUCGUGAGGUGGUCAGAGAAGGCUAAAAGCCUGGUGAGAGCAAACAUCAUCUGGAACAGCUCCGUUCACCUGCAGGAGCAAAUACGGAUGUAUCAGGCUGUCUUCCGUGAGUCUAGAGAGCUCCACAGCGACCUGGAGUCUAUGGCAGAGAAAGUGGACCUUCUGUCUGAGGUGCUGCAGGUGGAGUCCAUGAGCCAGGAGGUCUGUGAACUCAGCAGACACACAGAUGAGCUUCAACAAAGCAUAAAGACUCGACUGCAGAGCCUCCAAGAUGCACACAAGAGCAUGGAAGCACUGGAGUUUGAAGUCAAGGCCCUACACGUUGCUCUGGAGCAGGUCCAAGCCACGUUGACGUCACCAGAGUUAGCACGACAGAGCCUCAAAGAACAACUCACUCAAAGACAGCGUUUACUAGCUGAUAUGGAGAGCUUCAAGCAGCAGGUGCAGGCAGUACAGCUGUGCCAGAGUGCCCUCCUGGUCCCGGAGGAGGUCAUGCCCAACCUCGCCAUCUGUCGCACGGCUCUUCGUCUGCAGCAAGAAGCAAGUCAUUUGCAGCAUGUGGCGAUACAACAGUGCAACAUACUACAGGAGGCAGUGGUUCAAUAUGAGCAAUAUGAACAAGAGGUGAGAGAUUUGCAGGGACUGAUAGAGGAAGCACAUCGGGUCAUUCAGGAGCGACCCAUCCCCUCUAGUAACAUUCAGGAGCUGCAAGCCCAGAUUUUGCACCAUGAGGAACUUGCUCAGAGGAUUAAAGGCUAUCAGGAGCAAAUUGCUUCACUGAAUUCAAAGUGCAAAAUGUUGGCAGUGAAGGCCAAGCAUGCCACCAUGCUGCUAACUGUCAGUGAUGUAGAAGGACUUCCUGAGGGGCUGGAGGAAAUGGAUGAAGAAAAGACCAGGAAAUCUGUCAUU